AUGAACUCCAGAACCUCCUCUGCCUUCAGCAUGGCAAGUGCAGGAUACGAAAACUGGAGGGAGCUGGCUAAGGUUCUGUCAGACACCAAUGUCCCAGGUGGGGACCCAAACCUUCAGUUUUACUAUCCACAGGAGCCAGGACACCAGAAGCAAGAGCUGCAAAGAGCUGGGAGGAAUAAAUCGAAUUAUGUGGCUGUGGACAACCCUGUCCCAUGGUUGCCAGAGUUCCAGGGCCAGGCUAAUCUGCAUGUGUUCGAGGACUGGUGCGGCGGCUCCAUUGAGCAGCUCAGGAAAAACCUGCACUUCCCCCUCUUCCCUCACACACGAACUACACUGAAGAAGUUGGCUGUGUCCCCAAAAUGGACCAACUAUGGCCUCCGGAUAUUUGGCUACCUGCAUCCUUUCACCAAUGGGGAGUUUCAGUUUGCCAUUGCUGCAGAUGACAAUGCCGAGUUCUGGCUGAGCCCAGAUGAAAAGACUUCUGGUCUCCAGCUGCUGGCCAGUGUAGGCAAGACAGGGAAGGAGUGGACUGCACCAGGAGAGUUUGGGAAAUUUCACAGCCAGCAGUCAAAGAUGGUGAGGUUGUCAGCUGCAGGCAGGUACUAUUUUGAGGUGCUGCACAAGCAGGAUGACAGAGGAACAGACCAUGUGGAAGUAGCAUGGAGACUGAAUGACCCAGAGGCGAAGUUCAGAGUGAUUGACUCCCAAUACCUCUCCCUUUUUGCUAACGAGACGCUUUUAAAGAUGGAUGAGGUCGGGCAUAUCCCGCAGACAUUGGCCAGUCACAGGAGCCGGCCUGCUGACAGCGCAGGCAGCAAGGCACACCCGGCUGACAUGUUGAAGCCUGACCCCCGGGACACUCUUUACGAAGUGCCUCUGCUCAGCAAGUCCCGUGUGCGCCGAGCCUUGCCCGACUGCCCCUACAAGCCCAGCUACCUGGUGAAUGGAUUUCCUCUGCAGCGCUACCAGGGGCUCCAGUUUGUUCAUUUAUCCUUUGUUUACCCAAAUGACUACAGCCGCCUGAGCCACAUGGAAAAAGAAAACAAAUGCUUCUAUCAGGAAAACCCUUAUUAUUUGGAAAGAUUCGGAUUCUACAAGUACAUGAAAAUGGAUCGGCCAGAGAAGAGCCUGGACUCUGGAGAAAAGACAGAGCAACCAGGCUCCCAGGAGGGGAACCUGGAUGACCUGCAGUACGAGGAGCAGGACACGGAGAGUACCCGUCCCCCCGAGCACCCUGGCACAGUGAAGGCAGAGCUGUUGGGCAACGCUCCCGGCAGCUUGUUGGGCAGGGACAAUAUCCACGAGGACUAUUCCUUCCGUGAGCGUCGUCGGCUCCUCUCAGUAAUGGGCGGUAACAUAGGAGAGGGGAUACAAAGGAGAAGGACAAAGAGGUCUGGUGUCAAAUCAGCCGUGCUGGCUUCUACUAACCAAAGCCUCGACCAGGUUGGCCUGGAGGGGAACCCAGUAACGAAGAGACCCCGUUUAAAAGCUGGUGUCAAAGACAACUCCAGGAGCCCUCUGCAGCAUGCUAGGGCCAUCCAGGGGAGAGCGCCUGUCAGAAGGGCAAACCCUCCUUCUAGGACUGUGUCUCAAAGACAGCAGUCUCUUGGCCACCCAAGGGACUCAGGGGUCACAAUUCCCAAAGGGGUGAGACCUCGAGGAGAUCUCAGCACUGCCAAGGACGGGCUGCAGCCAGCAGGCACCAUGCCAGCCAGGAAAGGAGGCCCAGUCUCUGGCAAAGCUGGCAGACGCUCUGUGAGCACUGCCAGCCCCAGCCAGCCUGGGCUGCCCCAGUGGCUGAACCAAGUGGAGUCGUACAUUGCUGAGCACAAGGCAGCCAAUGGUGGGGACAUGGACGAAAGAGAGGUACAGGUGCCAUCUCCUGUGAAGGGCAAGUCUGCACCUGUGGCAGCAGAAGACGAAGAGGAAGAGGCGGAUGGGGAGCCAGAGGAGGAAGAUGAGGAGGAUUUUGAUUACGUACCAGUGUUCGACCAGGCAGUGAACUGGGAGCAGACGUUCAGCGCGAGCAACCUGGACUUCCAUAUGCUGCGCACAGACUGGAUUGACCUGAAAUGCAACACAUCAGGAAACUUGCUGCUAAGAGAAAGGGAGGCCCUGGAAGUAACACGUGUCUUCCUGAAGAAGCUCAACCAGAGGAGUAAAGGGCGGUUCCAGCUGCAGCGUAUCGUGAACGUGGAGAAACGCCAGGACCGCAUGCGGGGCAGCCGCUACCUGCUGGAGCUGCAGCUGCUGGAGCAGGGAGGGCGGCUCGUCCGCUUCUCCGAGUACGUCUUUGCCCAGGGUUGGCAGGGAGUUGGUGGCAAUGAGGAGGAGGAGAGGAAGAUGAGGAGCCUGGUGUGGGGUCGCCGGCGGCACCUGAUGGCUGUGGCGAACGAGCCAGAGCUGUGCUGGCCUCAGGGCUUUUCCUGGAACCACCGUGCCAUGGUUCACUUCGUGGUGCCAGUGAAAAACCAGGCACGUUGGGUGCUGCAGUUCAUCUCUGACAUGGAAGAGCUGUUCCAAGUCACUAAGGAUCCCAACUUCAACAUCAUCAUCACAGACUACAGCAGUGAUGACAUGGAUGUAGAGAAGGCUCUGAAAAGGUCUACCUUGCACAGCUACCAGUACCUGAAGCUGACAGGGAAUUUCGAGCGUUCUGCUGGGCUGCAGGCGGGAAUAGACCUUGUGACGGACCCGCACAGCAUCAUCUUCCUGUGUGACCUCCACAUCCACUUCCCAGCUGGAGUCAUUGAUUCAAUCAGGAAGCACUGUGUGGAAGGCAAGAUGGCCUUCGCACCCAUGGUCAUGAGGCUGCACUGCGGGAUGUCCCCACAGUGGCCUGAAGGCUACUGGGAGGUGAAUGGGUUUGGUCUCCUGGGCAUAUACAAGUCUGACCUGGACAAGAUCGGAGGCAUGAACACAAAAGAGUUUCGAGACCGCUGGGGAGGAGAGGACUGGGAACUCCUGGACAGGAUCUUACAGGCUGGGCUGGAAGUGGAGCGUCUCUCCCUGAGAAACUUUUUCCACUGGUUUCACUCAAAGCGGGGCAUGUGGAACCGACGCCAGCUGAAGACACCGUAGCCUUCAACCCCACAGCUGUUCGGCGGCACCGUCCACCAUCUCAUCUAGAUGUGCACUUUACUGAGGCACACAGCAGAGCACACAAACUCUUCCUCUGCCUCCAGAGCCCUCUGAUGGGAUGGCACAGCAAGGGAAGGGGUGAUCAGGCUGGUGGAGCAGGAGCUUCUCUUCUGAGCCAUUGUGUCCAAGACGUGGGAUCCAUGUCUGGCUGGGAAGGUGUGCAGGGGAGAUGUCGACAAGGGAAGGACUCGCAUUUCCUGCCGUGCAGUCUGGUGGAUGGUACAGUGGGAGAGGUGCCAUAUUUCCUGUUGAGUCUUGCACCAAACAAACACAAAUCCCAGCUAAGCCCAGAAUGGUUUAUUUAGAGCAAUGCAGCUUCUCUUUCAAUACUUGAAUGAAAAAAGAAAAAAAAAAAGAAAAAACCACAACCCUCCCCAUUUCCCCUCCUUCCCUAUCUCUUCAGUAUCCAUGAUUUUGGACAGGGGACCAAAGUUCUCUGGACUGUAUUGCAUCCACAUGCCCAUGUGUUGACCCAAGGAAAUCUGGAUAUGGAGGAGCUAAUAGGCACUUUAGGCUGCUGGUGCUUAGACGUUUCUCUGUGCUUUUCACUUUAGUCAUGAAAAACUGUGCUCAUAUUCAGCAAAUUAUGGGCCAUAGAUGGAGAUGCAAAUACAUUUCCCUUCCAAGAGCCAUGUUUGCCUGUAGCUGGGUGAGCUGGUGAGGGUGAUGUUACAAUUCCACCUAAAUUAUUGAUCCACUUCCUGAGGAUAGUGGAGGGGUUAUACAGAGAAGCUAGGAGGGCAUCUCAGGAGGAACUUUGCAGCCUUAUCUGACAGACAUGUGUUUGUCCUAAUAAUAUCAGGGAAACCCUAGCAGGGAAGAAGUGGCAAUAUUUUAGUAGUUGAAAUAUUGUGAUUUUUGUCAGAAGAGGAGACAGAGUAUUCUGCUCUCAAAAUCCUGUACAUUUAUGCAGCAUCUAAAAGUUAAUUUAAUAAGUUAUGGCCUCACAGUUGUGUCUUGUCCUAGUUUGACUCUUAUGUAGAGAGCAGGCUUCGUGGUUGAAGAACCAGCACAGCUCUUGGUGCUUCAUCUCUGAAACAGCCCUGGGAGCUCUGGCCUGAUACAGAGGAGGUGACCUCAGGUCUUGGCACAUGCACUGGAUGUAAAGAACAGUGAGGACGGAAGAGGGUUGAGGAAUAAAAGGAUAGGCAGACCCAUGCUGUCAUUGAUGCAAGACCUGUGGAAAGAGCCCACAGCUGGCCUGAUGCUACAGGAAAUUCUCAUCCCCUAAAACUCCUGUUAAUACAAGGCAAGAUUUUUUUUUCCCUGUAACCAUUUUAGAAGACUAUAUACACCCAGAAAUCCCAGCACACUCAGGACUUUACACUGGAGCUCCAGUGGUCCCCGUACCAUCCUAAAAAGGCUGCUACUGGUCUCAAGCUUGAGGGGAGAAUGUGACAUAGAAUGCUGCUCUUGGGGCCCAGCUCUGUAGGGAGUUGUUGAGAAGUGAGUAAUGGAGGUAUGUAGAAUACAAGCAAUGCUGACAUGGUACUUGAUUUUUUUUUUUUACUUUUUGCUGAUGGAGUCAUUCAUUUGUUACUGGUUCUGUGGUGCUUGACAAGUCCAUCAAGUUCCACUAUUGUAGAAAACUGAACAUGCAAGUUCUGGCACGUGAGAUAGAAAUCUUGUCAAAUCAUCAGCUUGCAUCAGUCUGGGUUUUGUGACUGAUGGAGUUAGAAGAAAGCAACCAGAUAGAAGAAAGUUUUGCUGUGCAGUGUGCAGCCAUGGUAAGAAGUAGACAAAAGACAGCUGUGUCUCUGACUCCACAGAGCAUUUGCCAGAAUGGAGACACUGAGUAUCCCAGAAGAGGCAGCCUUAGCCAUCUGCCCAAGCCAGAGCAGUCUUCCUAUUGAGGGAAAGUACUUUACCCAUGUAGAUACUAAGAAAUUAGUUACUACAGCUGGGGUGAGAGGAAACAGGCUGACAACAGUCAACUUUUCUUUUCUUUUUUUUUUUUUUCCCAAGAAAGUGUAAUAGGAGUUUAGGAGGCCAGGGCCUUGUGAUGCAAUGUUGCAAUAAGCUCUGUUUCUGCCUGGAAUGUGCAGUGUCAGUCAUGCCCUCGGUGCAUGUCAGAGCCUGUGCUUCACUCAAAACACAGGAACAGCCCCACGAGUGUGCAGGUGAGCUGCUUUCCAGGCUCCAGGACUGCGCCUCCACAGCCUGUCCAGGCUGGCUCUGUCACGCAAUCCCUGUGGAAUGGGGAGAGGCUAUCGGGAAGGGCGAAUGCCGGGACACAGUGAGGCAAUAGCAGGACCAGCUGUCUGGCCCCAUCAGGCUGAGAACAGCAUGAUGCCCAGUUUGCAGAUGGAGAGCUGAUGGAUUCAGUGGCAGCCUGUAAGUCAGGCACAGGGAGGGAGGGUUAUUUGUACCAUGUGCUUUCACAUCUGGCUCUAGAUGUGGUCUGCAGCACCUAAAGUCAGCAGCUGGCUUUCAUCUCCAGGCGCUGACAAGAAUUAGGUGCAUCCAGAAGGUAACUCACUUGCCUUAAUGAUGAUAUGAGUAGCCCCUCUUCCCCACCAGAGAGGACAGUCAUCAAAGAGUGGACUGGAAAGCAGCGCUCAUUGCAGCACUGCCAGCAGAAUUUGAAGAUUUUGCCUCCAUUUUUCAGCUGAGACUGUGCUCCUUCCUUCAUACCUUGUAACCCAGGCCAGUGUCAAGCAGAACUACCUCGUGAGGGCUCCUUGGUGGAGAUGUAAGGAGUUAGUGGUUUUCAGUCCCGUUUCCUGAUGGCCAGUGUCCCUACUGUCAAAGCUGCCAUCUCAAAUGUUCUUUCCUUUCUACCACAGUGGGAAUUCUCAGUUGGUAUUUAAGCAUUGCUGUAGUAAACGUGAUUAAUACUAAUUGGCACUAGCUGGCAGUCUCCAUGGAGGAGCUUGGAGAGCCCAUGGGGACAAAAGCUGUCUUCCAGCCCACAUGCUCAAAGACCAGUGCAGGUAGAGAGAGAGGGGGCUACACUCUCCUCAGUUUGCCAACCAGCAGCAAACCUUGCAGGAGCAGUGCUGGGCUUUGCUCUGGGGGUGUUGCCCCUCUUCCAAAACAACCUGCGGUUUUUCUCCCCAGACAGUCACGGAGGCAGGGAGAGCAGGAAGCCCAGCAGGAGCAGGUAGUCCUACAGCCAUGUAGUGAAAGGACACAGCCAGCCAGGGUAGUGGCCAGACCAGAACCACAGGGGUUUGCCCCAUCACUAGUGUUGCAUGUCUUGCAUCAUCUCUGGGUCCAGCACAGCUCCCAGAGGGAAGAGGGAACCUGGCUUCACCAUGGCCAGGAAGCUGACUCCCUCCAGCAACUGAUCACAUUUCUCUCGCUAGGAUCUCUUUAGGAAGCUGUGCUGAGUUUCUGACCUUGAUGUGCAUCCUGGCUGUGUCCUGCCUCAAAGGCAGGAGGAAGUCAGUAGCUUGGGAUUUUCCAUGCAUCAGACAGGAGCAACCUGCUCCAGAAGCUCUCUGGCUGGGGAGAUGAUGGGCUAUGGUUCAAGGGAGACCUUCUCUGGGGUAGGAUGUGACCAGGCUGUGGGGCCUGGGCCCCCAAGUGUGUGGUGCAGGGCAAGGAGGCUCUGCCUAGAAAUGUGACUGUCUUCAGGACUGUGAACUGUGGGGCUGGGGCUUGUUUUGCAUGUCAGCAAAGGGAACGAAGAAGGGCUGGCUUUUAUUCUGAGCAAAAUGUUUUGUGUGAAAAUUAUAAUGUGAUUUGUUUUGUCAUUGUCUUAAUGUUUGCCCAGUAUGAACAUCUCUUCUUAUUGCCUACAAAUGUCUGAAGUUGAUUGUUUUUUAGAUACAGAUGCCUUGUGUUGAGAAUCUGAGUUGUACCUUUGAAUUACCUGCCUUAAAGUGGCUCUGUGCCUUCAAGACAACUCCUGGGCCACCUCUCUGUUGGAGCUGGGAGUUAUACAGAUUCUCCCUCAUGUUUUAUAAAUACAUUGUCUUCCUACAAGA